AUGUUUUCAGAUGAGCUUAAGUCAUUUCGCAGGCUAGGUUUCCGACACUUCCUACUCCAAAUUCUCAACUUCACCUCGGUCAUCGCGUCUGGCCUCAUGCUAUGGAAAGGCCUCGGCCUGCUCUUAAACACAGAAUCCCCAAUCGUCGUUGUCCUUAGUGGCUCGAUGGAACCAGCAUUCUACCGCGGCGACCUUCUUUUCCUCGCCAACCCCUCAGGCGAACGUUACCACACAGGCGACAUCACGGUUUAUAGAAUCCCCGGUGCCGAGAUUCCAAUCGUCCACCGCGUCAUGGAGACUCGGGAUGUCUUCAUCCCAUUCGAAAAUUCGACGGAGAAGCGCGUCACAAACAAGAGACUCGCAAAGCUCAAACUUCCACCAGGAGAACAUCAGUUGAUGCUUACGAAAGGCGAUAAUAACCAUGUUGAUGAUAUCGACCUCUACCAGGGCCUUGAAUGGCUCGACCGAAGACACAUCAUUGGAAAAGUUCGCGGCUUCUUGCCGUACAUCGGCUACGUGACCAUCGCCAUGAAUGACUUCCCACAACUCAAAUACGGGCUUCUAGGAGGUCUUGGGCUGUUAGCUGUCUUACAACGGGAGUAG